UUUGCCUUAUCGCGUCGUUUCUUCUUCUCUUGGAACGGACAGGCAGACGGAGGGAGAGGCAAAGACAGACGGACAGAGUGAGAGAAAAAAAGAAGAGAUUGUUGGAAAGAGCAGAUAGUGAGGGUGUGAUGAGAUGAGGGAAGGCGUCUUGAUAUGGCGUCCCAUCCCUUCCUUUCAAAAGCCUUCCACUUGCACUUUCACUAGAGCACCUGUUGAAGAAACAGAUUCUUUUGUUAUCAAAAGGAGAGAUAGGAUAUUCCCUUUCGCAUCACUUUCUGUUGAGAAGAGAGAUGAAACCAAGGACUUCCCUCCCCCAUCUCUUCAACAACUUUUCAAGCAUCCCCUUUCUCUCCUCGCUUUCGUCCCCAGGGAUGUCGCCCUCUUCACGGCUGGUGCCAUCGCUGGCGCUGCUGCCAAAACCGUCACCGCCCCCCUCGACCGUGUCAAGCUUCUCAUGCAGACCCAUGGGUUGCGGGUUGUGGAAGGGAGUACAAAGAAGGGAAUUGGUUUCAUUGAGGCCAUCACAUUGAUUGGGAAGGAGGAGGGUAUUAAGGGCUAUUGGAAAGGCAAUCUACCACAGGUGAUACGCAUAAUUCCAUAUAGUGCUGUGCAGCUGUUCGCGUAUGAAUCUUACAAGAAACUUUUCAGAGGGAAGGAUGGGGAGCUCUCUGUUGUUGGGAGACUGGUAGCAGGGGCUUGUGCUGGGAUGACCUCCACUAUUGUCACAUAUCCUUUAGAUGUCCUGCGGUUAAGGUUAGCAGUUGAACCUGGAUCCAGAACGAUGUCUGAGGUUGCACUCAACAUGCUAAGAGAUGAAGGACUUGCUUCUUUUUACAGUGGUCUUGGACCUUCACUUCUUGGAAUUGCACCCUACAUUGCUGUGAAUUUUUGCAUUUUUGACUUGGUCAAGAAAUCUCUACCAGAGAAGUAUCAAAAGAGGCCUGAGUCAUCUCUUGCAACUGCUUUGUUAUCUGCGACCCUUGCUACACUGAUGUGCUAUCCUUUGGACACUGUGAGAAGGCAGAUGCAAAUGAGGGGUUCACCAUACAGGACUGUUCUGGAUGCUUUUCCAGGUAUUGUGGCACGCGAUGGUUUCAUUGGGUUGUACAGGGGUUUUGUACCUAAUGCAUUGAAGAAUCUCCCAAACAGCAGCAUUAGGCUGACUACCUUUGACACUGUAAAAGGUUUGAUUGGAGCCAGUCAGAAAGAGCUUCAAAGAAUCAUGGAAGAAAACCGGGCAAAGUUAGUAGGCUGAAGCACCUAUAUGUGCCUUUGCUUUUCAUGUGAUUUUUGUUUUGCCAAUCACAAUUUUUUCACUAAAAAGUGGAACAAGUUCCAUGAGGUCUUGUGUAUGAUAUCCGGGAACCUAGACUUGCUUCCAAUAACUAGUUCUAAAUUGUAUCACUCGGAGCUCGAUGUAUUGAGUCCUGAAUUUUGCAGGUUUUUUAGUAUUACUCUAGUCUUUCUGUGCUUCGUGA